AUGGUAAUCAAAAAAGCAAAACACCAUGUUGUCGGUAGAAAAAUUAGAAGUGUACAAGGAAGACCUGGUCAGAAAAAACAAAUUGGCAUUGAAAAGGUUAGUAGUGUUGGUGGUUUUAUUGAUAAACGUUUUGGUGAAAAUGAUCCGACAAUGUCUUUAGAAGAAAAAAUGUUGAAAAGAUUUACAAAAGAGAGACAAGAAUUUCAAAAACAUAAAAAAUCUAAAAAUGAAGUCAUGAAAGAAAUAAUUGCUAAAAGCAAAGUUUAUAAAUAUGAACGUCAAUUAGAAAAAGAAAGAGAUGAUCAUACAAGAGAUCAAUUGGAUCGAGAAUUUGCAAAUAUUCGUCAGUUACUAGUUGCUUCCAAUAAAUCCGAAUCUGAUAAAAACAAUUCACACUCUUCAUCUCAGAAUAAAUCCAAAGAAAAGGAAUCUGUUGUCAAUCAAAAAGUAAAAAAAAAGGAAUUAUUAUCUGACGAAAAGUUAAAAAAAGAUCAAGAGUAUGAUAAAUUGAUCCACGAGCUAGCUUUUGAAAAACGCGGUAGACCUACUGAUAGAACAAAAUCUGAAGAAGAAAUUGCUUUAGAAGAAAAAGAGAAAUUGGAGAAAUUGGAGCGUGCAAGAAAAAGACGUAUGGAAGGCCUCAGUUCAAAUUCUGAUUCUGAUUCUGAUGAUUUUAGUUUAAAUACCAGCAAAAAGAAUAACAGUAGAAAUAAAAAACAGAAACGUGUUCCUGCAUUUCUUCCAGUUUUAAUUGAUUAUGUUUUAUUACGUGCACAAGAACCAACAAUCCCUAUACAACUUAUAAAUAAACUUUUUGCACAUAUUUAUGAUUUUGCGCAUCAAUCACCAGAAGUUGCAACAAAAUAUUUUAUUGAGAAAAUUACAAUGUUUGAAAAUAAUUUAAUGAAAGGAUUAAGAUUAUUAUCAGUGAAUUCCUCCAAGAAACCAAAAAACGCAUUAUCAACAUCAUUGUUUCCUAAUUCAUCUGAACUUUUUUUAUUAAAAAUUUUAUCAUUAAUUUUUCCUACUUCUGAUUUUCAUCAUCCUGUCGUUACUCCCUCAAUGCUAUUAAUGUGUCAAUACUUAACAAUUUGUCCUAUUUAUAAUGGAAAAGAUUUGGUAUCUGGAUUGUUUAUAUGUAAUCUAAUCUAUGAGUAUCAGAAAUUAUCUCAACGUAUUGUUCCUGAAGCUCUUAAUUUUCUAUAUAGUUCACUAGUUUACCUUGCACCAGCGAAUACAUUUAAAUCGUUGGAUUCAAUACCUGGUUUAUUUCCAACAAACUCAUAUAGAAACUCACCAAUUAUUCAUCUUCAAAUUAAAGAUGCCACCAAUUUAGACAAAUCAAAAUUGCCACAAUUAAAUUUUUUUAAAUUAUUGAAUCAUAAUAAGGACGAAGAAGAUAUUUAUGAUAAUGAUGAAUUUAGAGUUUCAUUAUUAUUAGGAAUAUUAUCCCUUAUUAAACAAUAUGCAAAACUUUAUAGUUCAACAACUGCAUUCAUAGAACUUUUUCAUCCAGUCAUCGAAAUCUUAUCAACAUAUUUUUCGAUUGAUAAAUUUUCAAAUUUUGUAAAGGAUAAAAUCAAUCAAUUGAAAGAAACGUUGGAAAGAAUGGAAAGAUUUUCUCGUGAAAGUCGUAAACCUUUAGAAUUACAACAUCAUCGGCCUAUUCCAUUACCCACAUUCAUUCCUAAAUUUCAUGAAAACUAUUCAAUUGACAAGAAAUAUCGUGAUACAGGUCGUGACCAAGCCAGUUUUAAUAAAUUGAAAUCCCAACACAAGAAGGAACGUAAGGGUGCAAUACGUGAGUUACGUAAAGAUAGUCAAUUUAUAGCAAGACAAAAAAUUGGUAAAAUUAGAGAAAAAGAUAUGGCUUAUAAAAAUAAAAUUAAAAACAUCAUGGGUAUUUUGGAAGUUGAACAAGGUGAAAAGAAGGCUUAUGAAAAGGCAAAAAAAUAUGGAAAGUUAUAA